AUGGCCGGCACGACCGCCCAGGACGCGCCGAACAGGCAGCCCUCCCUCUCCACCUCCAUCGACAAGGAGAAGAUCUCAAUCGAGCAGCGCGAGCACGACACCGAAGCCACAGCCACCACGACCACCACCGCCGAAGACAUCGCCUUCAAAAAGGCCGAGCGCAAAGUCGUGGCCAAACUCGACCUCUACGUCUGCCCCAUUCUCAUCCUUCUGCAACUCAUCUCAUUCCUCGACCGCGGCAAUAUCGGGUACGCAGCCACGCAGGGCAUGAUCGUCGACAUCAACCUGCGCGGCACGCAGCUCAACACGGCCAUCUCGCUCUUCUAUCCGCUGUAUAUCCUUGCGGAGCCCCCGGCUGCCCUGAUCGUGAAGAGAUUGGGCUUCAAUCGCGUGAUCCCUACGGCGGCGCUGUGUUGGGGCAUCGUGUGUUUGGGAAACGGGUUCGUGCAGAACUUUGCGGGGUUGGCGGUUUGUAGGAUGUUGUUGGGGGCGUUUGAGGGCUUUUUGUUUCCCAGCUUGACGCUCAUGUUGGCGAACUGGUAUAAGCGCGAGGAGAUUGGAUUGCGCAUCUCAUAUCUCUUCAUUGCUGCCGCGAUGGCGAGUGCAUUUGGAGGGCUGAUUGCCUUCGGUAUCCUCUACAUGGACGGCGUGGCGGGAUAUCCUGGCUGGCGAUGGCUCUACAUCAUUGAAGGAUGUGCCACAGUUGCCAUUGCAGCUGCUUGCUACUUCGCAAUCCCCUCCUCCUACACAACCGCGUGGUUCCUCACGGACGCCGAAAAGGCCAUCAUGCGCCGCCGCGCCGAGCUCACCGAGGCCUACUCGGGCGGCAACGGCCAGUACACACGCGCCGAAUUCAUGCUGGCGGUCCGCGACGUCAAGACCUGGCUGCACGGCGUCAUCCAGGUUAUGUGUCUGACGGUGCUGUACGGCUUCAGCGUUUUCCUCCCUAUCAUCCUGCGGUUCGGGUUCAACUACAGCGUCAAGCAGAGCCAGUACCUGUCGAUUCCGGUCUUUGCGUGGGGCUCGCUCGUAUAUGGCAUUGCGGGGUACUUGAGUGAUCGCUUCAGUCGCCGGUUCUUGGUCUGUGUGCUCUGCGCGCCGGUCGGAGUCGUGGGCUAUGCGGUGUUGCUGGGUGGUGAGGCGGUCAGUGUGGGUGUCAAGUACUUUGCGACCUUUCUCAUUGCGAGCUGUGCUUGGAUGUUGGGUGGUGGGAAUUUGGCUUGGCUUAGUACGAACACGGCGCCGGACGGCAAGCGAGCAGCUAGCAUUGGUAUAGCGCUAUCAUUGGGCAACGUUGGAGGCAUCAUUUCUGGCCAGAUCUACCCUCAAACCAUGGCUCCAGCGUACACACUCGGCCAUGCAUGGUCUCUUGGAGCCGUUUCGAUCUGCUUCUGCCUCUGGUGGGUGCUGCGGCAUAUCUACUACAGGCGUGAGGAGGUGAAGGAGCAGAUGCGUGCAGGUACCGUGCCCAGUCUGGAGCAUUUUUCGGAUCGGUCGCCCGAUUACCACUACCAACACUAA